AUGGGAAAAAUUUUGACUAAACUUUUUGGAAAGAGAGAAUUACGGGUAUUGAUGCUUGGAUUGGAUGCGGCAGGGAAAACAAGUAUUCUGUAUAAACUGAAACUUGGCCAAUCAAUUAAAUCACUUCCAACGGUCGGCUUUAAUGUGGAGACUGUUACUUAUAAAAAUAUUAAAUUCAGUGUGUGGGAUGUUGGAGGUCAGGAGAAAAUAAGGCCCCUUUGGAGGCAUUAUUAUGUGGGCACUCAAGCUUUAAUAUUUGUUGUAGAUUCUGCAGAUGUUGACAGGUUUUUUAUUUUGGGGUUAUUUCUAAUUGUUUCCGUUCCUCCCACAGACGGAAAUCGGGCUGUAUCUAGGUUUAGGCCUGGAUUUUUCUGGUAGACCCAAGCAUAGGGCAGGCAUUUGUGGGCAUCUUUUUUUGUCUGCGGGCGUCCCUGGAUGUUAUUCUGGGAUCUUUUCAAGCUCAACGAAUCAGGCCUA